AUGAAGUUUUCUCCCAUUCUGUCGGUGUUCCUCGCCACCUUGGCCAGCGUUUCGCCAGCCGCCGCACAGAGCACCACCGACUGCGGCAACUUCGCCUCCAUCAGUCGCGGAAUCUACACCGUCUACAAUCUUAUGUUUGGCAUUCCCAGCAGCGGAUCCCAAUGCAUCACGGCCAAUUCCCUUCUCAACCUCGUACUCAACUGGUCGGUUCAAUGGACCUUCGCAGCCGACGGUGACGAGCCCAUCUCGUUCCCUAAUGCUGGGCACGUCCGGAUCGCCCAUCAGCACACCUACUAUCGGCCUUACAUCGUACCAGCUAUUCCAGGGCACCGAGGAGGCAAAACCGUCUACAGCUUUGUGUCUGGCACGACCCAGCAAACGUUUGCCGGGGACCUGAAGAGCUUCCUCACAUAUCUGGUGAACAACCAGGGCCUCACCAACUCACGCUGCGUGCAGUCGCUCGGCGCGGGCACUGAGACUUAUGUCGGCUCAGGUUUGUUCAACACAACCGCUUACACGGCCACUCUUGUGGCCUUGUAG